AUGACAACAAUGGACCUCCGCGUCGGUAACAAGUACCGUAUCGGUCGUAAGAUUGGUAGCGGCAGUUUCGGUGACAUCUACCNNUUGGAGAUUGCCAUCAAGCUCGAAAGCGUCAAGGCCAAGCACCCUCAGCUCGAAUAUGAGGCUCGUGUCUACAAGUCUCUUGCCGGCGGUGUCGGUAUUCCCUUCGUCCGCUGGUUCGGCACUGAAUGUGACUACAACGCCAUGGUCCUCGACCUCCUCGGCCCUUCGCUUGAGGAUCUCUUCAACUUCUGCAACCGCAAGUUCUCCCUGAAGACUGUCCUCCUCCUGGCCGACCAGCUCAUCUCCCGUAUCGAGUACAUCCACGCCAAGUCCUUCAUCCACCGUGACAUCAAGCCCGACAACUUCCUCAUGGGUAUCGGCAAGCGUGGAAACCAGGUCAACGUUAUCGACUUUGGUCUGGCAAAGAAGUACCGUGACCCCAAGACUCACUUCCACAUCCCUUACCGUGAGAACAAGAACUUGACUGGUACUGCUCGUUAUGCCAGUAUCAACACUCACUUGGGUGUCGAGCAGUCUCGCCGUGACGACAUGGAGUCUCUGGGUUACGUGAUGCUUUACUUCUGCCGUGGCUCCCUGCCUUGGCAGGGUCUGAAGGCUGCCACUAAGAAGCAGAAGUACGACCGCAUCAUGGAGAAGAAGAUGACCACUCCCACCGAGGUUCUGUGCCGUGGCUUCCCCAACGAGUUUGCUAUCUACCUCAACUACACCCGCUCGCUUCGCUUCGACGACAAGCCCGACUACUCGUACCUUCGCAAGAUUUUCCGCGAUCUCUUUGUCCGUGAGGGCUUCCAGUACGAUUACGUCUUCGACUGGACCGUCUACAAGUACCAGAAGAACGCUCAGGCCGUUGCCCAGGCUGCUGCCAACCAGCCUCAGGCCGAGGAAGCUGAAGAGAAGGCUGGUCGCACCCGCACUGCUGCUGCUACCGGCGGCCAGACUGCCGGUGCCGUCACCGAUAAGCGCCGUGGCCCAGUGGCACCCCGUGCAGAGGGAUCGGGAAUGCAACUCCGCUCCUCAAAGCGUGGCGUCGAACAGCAGGGAUACAACAACUACUGA